CCACCUUCCACCCUUGCGCUGCUGUCCCAUCUCCGUGCCGCGCGCGUUCCAUGGACUACUCGUCGAUUGGCCAGGACCACCACAGCAGCUCCGUCGUCGACAUGAGUGCCGCCGCGCCCGUGCCGCACAAGUACAGCGUCAUCCUGCCGACGUACAAUGAGCGGCGCAACCUGCCCGUCAUCAUCUAUCUGCUCGCACGCAUGUUCGAGCAGAAUGCGCUCGACUACGAGGUGAUCAUCGUCGACGACGCCUCGCCCGACGGCACGCUCGAGGUUGCCAAGCAGCUGCAGAGCGUGUACGGCGAGGAGCGCAUCGUGCUGCGCCCGCGCGCGGGCAAGCUGGGCCUCGGCACGGCGUACGUGCAUGGCCUCGAGUCCUGCACCGGCGACUUUGUCGUCAUCAUGGACGCCGACUUCUCGCACCACCCCAAGUUCCUGCCGGCGAUGAUUGCGCUGCAGCGGCAACGGAAUCUGGACAUCGUGCAAGGCACGCGCUACUCGGGUCCUGCGACCGGAGCCGGCGUGUACGGCUGGAACCUGAAGCGCAAGCUCGUCUCGCGCGGCGCCAACCUGCUGGCCACCUUUGUGCUGGGGCCGGGCACGAGCGACGUCACUGGCAGCUUCCGGCUGUAUCGCCGCCCUAUCAUCGAGAAGCUCAUCCGCGAGGUCACGUCGAAGGGCUACGUGUUCCAGAUGGAGAUUCUCGUGCGCGCAAAGGCCAGCGGCUGCUCCGUCGGCGAGGUGCCCAUCACCUUCUGCGACCGCGUCUUUGGCGAGUCAAAACUGGGCGGCGACGAGAUUGUCAGCUACGCCAAGGGCGUGUGGAAUCUCUUCGUCAGCAUCUGAGAGCGGGGUCGAGGGCGCAAUGUCACUGUUGAGCGAUGCUACAAUGUGGCGCUGGUCAGAUUGCGCUGCGCCGCGGGCACGGCCGCUUAAGGGGUAGAACAGGAUCGCAGCAGACCUCACGCGGGCAAGAGGUGCAGACUGCCGCAGCGGCAGAGGUAUCUAGAUUGCAGCUAGCGGCGCGCCGAGCUCUCCCAUCUCCCGUCUCUCCUUCGGUCUGCAUCUCCGUCUCGGCCCCGAUCUCCGUCCCGCUCGCGAUGACGGUCCCUGUCCCGCGCCCAGUCC